UCGCAAGGAAUGUGUCUUCAGGAUCAUCGUAGUAUGGCAUGGCGCCGUUGUAACCAGGUCGUGCAUGGGAACUGACCGACCUGCGUGUAGCCGUGCAGGCAGAAGACGAGAAGGUGCCGCUCACUUUGAUGUUCACCAAAAGUGAUCAGCGCGCUAAGGAGAAUACUGGGUCCAACAGCUCCAGUUGAGACACCGAGCACAAUGCGAUGGAAUGAUCUCCUGCCGUCAUCAGCAGAACAUAUCCGACUCAUUUCUCCGCUGCUGUACGGCGACGAACUGACAAUUACUAGUGUUCAUCGUGCAGGAAUCAGAUCUAGACAACUUACGAUCAAAGACAGAUCCAAUGAACGCGCAACAUUCACUCGCCCCUCCGCGCACGUAUCUCAGAAUCGACAUAUUUUAUGCUCCCGCGGCCUGCAGCCCAUCAGCACGAGGACCCCUGCCAAUAAACACAUGGACGCACCCUUGAACCAUAUCCCACCUGUUCCCUCUCCAGCAGGUCCAGCUCGUGUCUCUUUGCCUCCGCUAGACACUCCUUCUUCUCCCCCUCCAGCCUCGCGUCGUACUAUCCCUCCACCUUUUCACCCGGCUCGAGUGUUCUCUUUUGCGCACGCUCUUGCUCCUCGUCCCGGACUUGCUCCUCUUGUGCCGGUGUCGACCCUCGCGUGUGCUGAUGCGUGACAGCAGACGCGUACCGUCACGCGUUACGGUAGCGGCGCAAUGUUUGUUGACCUUCCAGGAUCGCGAACGCGGUGCACUCACCAAGUAUCCCGCCGAGAGCGCUACAACCGAUGUCGACAAGGCUUGUCACGCCGUCGAGCACAUCGUCCACCAAGCCGA